CAAAGCAUAAUAUUUACUUACUGUAAUAAAACGAGUUAUACAGGAUAUUUUAUUAUUACAGGAUUUUACAAAAGUAAUUUUAAUUUAAUUCGAUUUAAAUCAUUCAAUAUCGAUUCGAGCAUUGCUUUUUUCCUUUCCAAUAUCCUGUUAAUCAGAGUUUAACUUUUUUGUUAUUCAAGAUUGUUGUACAUUAAUAUGGUAUUAAUUAGCCUUAAUAUGUAACGGUAGUUCAACAGUUUGUUUACUUUGAAAAUUUGUGGUAAAGCAUUUAGAGAGGGAACGCCGACGAUUGUUAUUUUGAAGAAAAAGUGUAUAAAAGCCUGAGAUAAAAAAAAGUGCAAAGAACUUGACUUGAUUAAAGAGUUUAGUGCAGUAAGCAGUAAUAUUUAGAAAAAUAUAUUAAUGCAGUUACCAAAAAACGUAUACUUCUAAGUUCAUUUUCAGAAACGUUUUAAAAGAAUUUGGUCAAAAAUUCGGAUUGCUUGCAGAACGUCAUUGGACACAAAUAGACGCAUCAUUAGGACGUCAUUGGACGCAUCAUACACAGAAUUAAAAUAUUCUUUUUUGAUUUUCAUAAAAGUUAAGAAAAUUAUUGGAGUUUUAUUCCAAGCAAACUUUAUGAUGAUUGAUAGCUCGACCGCGUGGUUUUUUUCAUCUCUUAUUUGUGUUGUGUUUACAAUAUUUAAUAUCACAACAAUUAUUGUUAUUCUAUGCACAAGAAAUCAAAGAAACAAAGUUAAAGCGUAUCCUAUACUUUUUUUUUUGGCUGCUUCUGCUUUGCAAGGAUUUGUUGCAUUCCCUUUGUACAUUUUUAAAAAGAUUGCGUACAAGGAAGAUGUUCCGACGUGGUUAUGUGAUGCAUCCCGGUUUACUUACAUGCAUACCGGUCAUGUCUUAAGAAUAAGUUUAUUAAUUGUAAGUUUUGAUAGAUUGUUUUCGAUCAAAAAUCCAUUUAAAUAUCGCGAAGUUGUCUCUCGCACCAAAAUGAUUGCUCUUAUAAUAAUUACUUGGUUUGUAACAGUGUCUGUAGAUACAAUGCCUUUCUACGUAAGAAACAAAAGUGAUGAAUCUUGUCAUUAUGUCCCAACUCGGGUUUGGGGUUUUUGCGUGAUUGUAUGUUACGAUCUUUUGCCCUUUAGUAUAAUGGGUAUAAAUUAUAUGAUAAUAUGGUGUAUUGCUGCUCGAUUAAAUCUUGCAGAUAAUCAUAUCAAAGAGGACCUAAAACAUCAUAUCGAUAGGAACUGUCAAAUAAAUACAAAUGGAUCUAAUAUGUUUAUAGACACCACCAAAACAGAUAAAGGUACAUUCAAAAUACACUCAGAUACGCGAAUAAAGUCUAAAGCUGAACUUCUUCUAGAGAUGAAAGCAACAAAAACUUCGUUACUGCUUUUAUUGGUGUACAUUGUUUGCUGGGCACCAUUAGGUAUAUUUUACAUGGUUGAUCAAUUUUGUGAAAAUAGUUUAUCCGAUAAAAAAGCUGAAAAAUUUGAAACAGCAAGAGCCGCAAUAAAAAUACUUUCUUCUACUUCAAGUUUAUUUGCUCCUAUAGUUUAUUGUUGGUGGAACCAUGAGUUUUUUGAAGCAGCUACUACAUUACUUCACAAAUAUGGUUGUAAAUUUUUUCGUCAGCAGAUUGACCGUGUAAACUUAGUAAAAAAACUUUCAUUCUGAUACUUUUUAUAAUUAUUAGAUUGAGUAAAGAUUUUGGCAGAGAUAUUUGCAAAAGAUACAGAGUAGUUAUUUACUUUAUUCGACUUUAUAUGUAAAAUGUAUAUAAUCAAUUUAUUGGUGUUCAAGACUUUUAAUAUUUUUUUAUAGA